AUAAUAUUCAUAUUUUCAGUAUUGUACUUAAAGCUUUAAUCAAGCCUGAUAUUGGCAUUUGGCCAUGUCUAGCGAGGAAGAAAAUGAUGCGGCCUGUGACCUCGACCAACGGUACAUGGAGCUCUGCCUUGCUGUUAAUAUGGACAAGCCGACCAUGGAGCAGGCACUUCAAGAUUUUCAAAAUACAAGCAAAAACUAUACACUUGAGGGUGACGGUCUACACUGGCUUGUAUGUGCACUUUAUGUGAAAAGUAGAGAAAGCAUUGUCCCAACUGUGUCAGGAAUGAAUAGUAAAGGCAAUUUCGUUUCCUUGAAUAAGUUGCUGAAAGCUGCAGGCCUCAGUUUUGUAUGCUUUCUGCGCAAAAUGGAAAAGUGGUUAGAAAUGAAUACAAGCAUCGCAUCUGAUUUUCGUGAGCGAAUUGCUUCCCUGGAAAGAAGCUUUUGUGUCAAUACACCAAUCUUCAAAAAAUUUCUUCCUUUGUUCCAAACUGUGUUCUUAGAUCCAUUUGACCCUCAAAACACUCCGACUAAACAUAAAAGUAGGAGACCUAGAAAGGUUCAAUGCACUACAAGUGAUAUCUUCAAAUUUUGUUGGACAACUUUCAUUCAUGCCAAAGCCACUCAAUACAGAGCAAUCACUGAAGACCUUGUGAGUUCUUUCCAACUUCUACUCAGUGUUAUUAAUUUCUGCUUUGCAAAUGCCCUGCAGUGUAAUCAUAGGGCCAAACUUCUGAACCCUGAUUUCGCUGGUUUGCCUGAGAAUUGGGAUAAACCAGAUUUCAAACCACCCACUACACCACCUGAUAUUAUUGGAUUGUUAGUAGAUAAUCAAGCAGCUUCUGGUCUUUCGAGAAUGCAAGCUGAUAACUUUUCAUUUGCGGCUCGGGUAAUUAACAGACAUCAGUUUACUUCAUAUGUUCGAUCCCUUCUUAAUCCUGAAGGGGAUGUUCUGUCAGGUGACGCAGACACAUUGUCGAACUUGUUUUUGCCGCAAAAUUUUGAAAAGAAUAAAAAGGCAAUUGACAUGUGUUAUGAGGAGUAUAUUCUAACUGAAGGAGAUUUUGAUGAACGUAUAUUUUUGUGCGAUGAUGUUGAGCAGGAGCUCGGAACUCCAAUAAAACAAAGAAAGCUUGAAUUGAAAGCACAAUCAGUGGCUGUUGAUAACAUGUCGCCUAUCAAAAUUUCUAUACAAAGACCAGAAAGUGAUAUUACUAUCAAGCCAAAUACUCCCCUAACGAAUAGAAUGCUUUUAGCUGGUCGAGAAUUAGGUAACACUACACCAGUGUCUAGAGCGGUACAAAGUGUUGCUAAACUUCAAUUAUUGUUGCAUGGUCAAGAAUUUGAGUUUUCUGCCAUUUUCAUCAAGGAGAUCCUCCACAAUUCUUCAGAGAUGUCAGAUUCCAUUUCUAGUCGAUUGCAGGAUAUGGGUGUAAAAUUUCUGGAUGCUUAUUGCAAACCUUAUAAGGAUCAGCCAGGUGGUGCCAGAGAUUUUGGUGAGACAAGACUUCAUAUGAUAAAAACCCUCUAUUUUAAAUCACUUCAAAAUAUUAUUUGGCAAGAAAAAAAGCGCAUGGAAGGAAGAAAGAAUGGUGGAAGCUGUGAGCAACUACUAACACGUGAUGAUUUCCAUUUACUUUUGUUUGGUUGUUGUGUGGAGGUUGUUCUCUUUUCUUAUCAUUCAACUCGAGUGUUCCCAUGGGUUCUCGAGGCCACUAACACCAAAGCAUAUUACUUUUACAAAGUUAUUGAGUUGAUGAUUCGUGCAGAAGAAGGUCUUUCAAGAGAAGUUGUCAAACAUCUGAAUCAUAUAGAAGAGAAAAUAUUAGAAAGCAUGGCGUGGCAAAGUGAUUCUCCUCUUUGGGAAGCAAUUGAAAAUUUAUCUAAUGUCCCAUCAUGUGAAGAAGUAAACUAUCCCCAUCAAGUAACUCCUGUUGCAGGCAUCGCUGCCACAAUGAAGGUUCAUCCUCGUGUUCGUCAAGUAGCUGAUCAAACUAACGCAUUAUCUAAUUCCAAUAAAUCAGAGAGCAAUUUCAUAUCUAAUACAAUGGUACAUGACAGAUUUAGCUCACCAGUUCCAGGGAGCGUAAAAAGAUGUUUGUUCCAGUCUGAUGAGGGAAAUAUAAUAAACGCUGCUGUUCGUACUCCAACUGUAGUAGAAAAUGCAGAUAAUCAAAAGCCGAAGCGCACUGGUUCUCUUGCCCUCUUCUUUAGAAAAGUCUAUCAUAUGGCCGGUAUCAGAGUAAAGGAUUUAUGUGACAAAUUAAAUAUUCCAGUCGGAUUACAAGCGAAAGUGUGGACAACAUUUGAACAAUCACUUAUACGGUGCACUUUUCUCAUGCGUAAUCGUCACAUGGACCAACUUAUCAUGUGUGCUGUAUAUGUGCUUGCCAAAGUCACACAACAUGACCAAUCGUUCCAGGAGAUAAUGAGGUGUUAUCGUAGUCAGCCACAAGCUAGCAGUCACGUUUAUCGAAAUGUUCUUAUUCACGAGGCAAACCCAGAUGAUGAAAACGAAUCUGAUAUAGAAGUUCGGGAUGAUUUAAUUCAAUUCUACAAUAAGAUUUAUGUUCCUGCCUUGAAAGAUUUUGUUAAAAAAUUUAGUACAUCUUCCAAUGCCAACAUGGAAGCUCCUCCGCUUUCUCCAAUGCCAACUUCUCGAUGUGUUGUCAAAUCUCCUAGAAAAGUUGUCGGGAGUUAUCAAAUAUAUAUCUCCCCUCACAAGAUAUGUGGUGAGACAUCUCUAAUGUCAACAAGUCCUGCUUUGGAGUAUAGCUUUCAACGAAGCCCAUCAACAAAUCUUCGUGAUUUCAAUGCAAUGAUAAGUCGACAUAAGCCGAUUCAACGCAAGCGUACUUUGGAUUUCUCAAAGGUUGAUGAUUUUAACACCGAUGCGGGAAACCACGCUCUUGCAUCCAAAUUGCAGAAGGUUCACGAUGAUCGAACAAAGCUCAAAUGAUGAUCUACAAUUAUUUUAAUUGAUAUUAUGAAAUUUUUUGGAUUUUAAAAUGACUUUUAAGCCCAAAUGGCUUCCAUCAUGUUUUAAUUAAAGGUUAUAAAUGGAUUUUAAUAAAUAAAUGUACAUAUUUUCCUCUCCCGUAUUUGAUGCAACAUUUUUAUUCCCGUUUACGAAGUGAUUAUUGCUCAUUGUUUUUGAAGGAAAAUAACUGGUUAACCUAAAUUGAGUAUUUUUGUCUUACGAAUAGAAUAUUCCUUUCUGUGAUAGAUAUUGAAUCA